UACGUGGUGACUCGUCGGUGUUGCCUUGACGAAGCAGAUUAAUUUCUCAGUGGAGUCAGUCGGAGUGAAGACAGACAACCUGUAAACAUGUCAAACACGGCAGGAGACGGAGGUAGAGGAAGUGUUGCUAGAGGCAACAAGACAGAAACAGACAGGGCGGCGUGCACGGAGAACCUAACAGAGACUGAUGCCUUCAUCAGAAGCUCUUUAGCUUUGGAUCCUGCAGAGGAGUACAAGAUGGACAACAAACACCGAGGCGUUGCACUCAUCUUUAACCAGGAGCGCUUCUUCUGGCGCCUGGGGUUAAGUGACCGGCAUGGAACCAAUGCAGACCGCUACAACCUGGAGAAAAGACUGAGGGAUCUAAACUUUGAUGUUCAGGCUUGUGAUAACUACAAACAGGUGGAAGUGUUGGAUAAAAUCAGUGAAGCCGCAGAGGCUAACCAUUCAGACGCAGACUGCUUUUUGCUCGUCUUCCUGAGCCACGGCGAGAAUGAUCACGUUUACACCUACGAUGGCAAGAUCAGCAUUCAGGAUAUCACAUCCCUGUUCAAAGGAGACAAGUGCAGAAGCCUCGUAGGAAAGCCGAAGAUCUUUAUAUUACAGGCAUGCCGCGGAGACAAGCACGAUGAACCAGUGACUGCCUGUGAUGCCGUGGACAGCGAGCUGAAUGAGGUCGUAGUGGACGCCAGCGCCGUACACACCCUCCCUGCUGGGGCUGAUUUCAUCAUGUGCUACUCUGUGGCUGAAGGAUACUAUUCCCACCGGGAGACCAUCAACGGCUCCUGGUAUGUCCAGGAUCUGUGUGAGCUGCUUCAAAAGUAUGGGAACCACCUUGAAUUCACAGAAUUACUGACGCUGGUCAAUAGGAAAGUGUCAAUGAGGAGCGUUGGGAACAGUAGUGACCGGAACGCCAUAGGGAAGAAGCAAGUACCUUGCUUUGCUUCAAUGCUCACCAAGAAACUCUACUUACGACCAAAACAGUAACCGUUUCAGACCUCAGUCAUAAGAUGAGCUGGUUUUAUAUUAAUACCUGGGAAACCGAGUCUCCUGGGUGAUUUUAAAGAUUUUUUUCUCUA